UUCGGCUUUCAUUCCGGGAACCCCGCUUCUUCCAAUGACAUCGCGGAACCCUAACUUGCAACACCGGUUCAACCUGCGAUACGAACCUGCUCGAGUGCCACUAACCGGAUGUCAACUGCCGGGAAGUACAUGAGCAGUAGAUUAAGGCUGAUAGGCCUCUUUUUCACCCGGUUACCACCACGACACCUUGCCCAGCUCAACUUCCUCGGCGAUUGCCAUAGGAUACCUUAGCCGAGACAAAGGGGUAGUCAAGACAAAGCAGGUUUGACGAUAUCUCUUUACCUAGACACGGCACUAGAACCCUUUAUCAGUGAGGAGACGUGAGGGGGUGCUAAAGAUAACCUCUUCAAUGCUUCUAUCUCUUUCCCCGCAGUAAUCCCUCGCGGCAUUCAUGCAGGGUACGAUGCCGCGGCUCCUCUCUAUAAGACGGAUUCCAAAUUCCCCAGCAAUGCUACUCACGAACGGCAUCACAUCUCCUUCAAACCAAUCAGAGUUACCUCCUGUACCCUGGCGAAAUGGAGUCCUGGAAAGCGAUCGCAAAAAGCAAACAAGAGGCGCUCAAAGCUGCCAUUCCUCCUGAAUGGGUAAUUCCUGCCCACCUUCUACCCCCGGAGCACCAAGCAGACGUCACGUCUUUCCCACGACAGUCGGGAUGGUUUACCACUCGCGAGCUGGAGAUACUGUCCGCUUUGGCGCCCAGGAUCCUGGCCCAUAUAGAGACAGGCUCCUGGACAUCGGAGGAAGUGACGAAAGUAUUUUGUAAGGCUGCCGCGGCAGCUCACCAAUUGACCAACUGUCUUUCUGAGAUCCUCUUCGACGAAGCCAUCGCUCGAGCAAGAGAAUUGGACGAACACCUGCGAAAAACAGGCAAACCAAAAGGCCCAUUCCACGGCCUCCCAAUCUCCCUCAAGGAUAACUUCAACAUCAUCGGCAAAGACUCCACCGUAGGCUUCACAUCGCUCGUCAAUGAUCCCGCCACAUACAACAGCACGCUCACAGACCUCCUCCUGGAUGCCGGAGCCGUGCUGUACGUGAAGACCAACGUACCGACAGCGAUGAUGAUCGCCGAAACCGUCAACAACGUCUUCGGUCGUACCGUGAACCCACGCAAUCGCAAUCUGACAUCCGGUGGUUCAUCCGGAGGCGAAUCAGCGCUGAUCGCGUUCGGCGCGAGUCGCAUCGGCGUUGGAACGGACAUAGGCGGCUCCCUCCGCAUCCCAGCCGCCUGCACCGGCAUCUUCACCCUCCGGCCCUCGUUCGGACGCUUCCCAAACCUUCAAACCCGCUCCGGUCUCGCCGGCCAGGAAGCCGUAAACAGCGUCAACGGCCCCAUGGCCUCCACCCUCGAAGAAAUAGCCCUCUACUCCAAAGCCGUCAUCGACCAACAACCCUGGCUCAACGACCCCAAAUGCCUCCCAAUCCCCUGGCGCCCAACGGAGCCCAAGCACCGUCUCCGCUUCGCUGUAAUGUGGCACGAUGGGAUCGUAACACCCACACCACCUGUCGCUCGCGCCCUCCAAGAAACAGUGCACCGGCUCCGACAGGCCGGACACGAGGUCAUCGACUGGGCGCCAACGGGGCACCAGGAACUGCGCCAGCUGCUGCAGCGCAAAUUUGUCGCGGACGGGGGUAAAUCCGUGCGGGGGCUGCUGGCGCCAACGGGGGAGCCGUUCCGGGAGGAGAUGGAGGAUUAUGAGAAGGCGACUGAGUUGGGGGUUCAUGCGAUGUGGCAGAUACAUUUGGAGCGGAAUAGUCUGCAGAUGGAGUAUUUGCGACGGUGGAAUGAGGCGGGGAUUGAUGGGAUUCUUUGUCCGACGACGCCGUAUAGUUCGGUGGAGCACGGGAAGUUUGCGUAUGUGGGAUACACGGGGGUGUUCAAUGUGCUCGAUUACUCGGUUGUUUCGUUCCCGUGUGGAGUGAAGGCUAGUAAGAUGUUGGAUGGGCCGUAUCAGAGUCACAGGGCGUUGAGUGAGGUGGAUGAUCGGAUACAAAGGGAUUAUGAUGCAUCGGCAGUGGACGGCAUGCCGGUCAGCUUGCAAUUGGUUGCACGCCGACUUGAAGAAGAGAAGGUCCUAAUGAUGACAGGGGUUGUGCUGCAAGCUGUGACGUCCGGUGUUAAGUCCAAGCUAUAAUCUAUAUAGGCGUCAAUGAAGCGUACGAUAACGGUAAUCUAUCUAGUCGUCUGUGCUUGUAUCAACAAACGCACAGUUGCAUUAGGGCCGAGUGGUAAAUGCUUGGAGCACAUAAGAGCAAUUUGUUAGUUCAAAUAUAUGUGCAAUCCCCCGUG